ACGCGAAUGCCAUCCACACUGAUUAGCACGAACCUCCCAGAGUUGAAUCGAAGUCAGACCAGCAGAGCAACAUUAGGGAUCCGACAUCGAACAUUCUCGACACGAGCAGAUGCUUCCUGCUUUGUUGACUUCGUUCUCACACAGACAGUGCAACUAAUCUUUGCGUCGCAGUAACUGAGCUUGCUGUAAAUACUUCGCCAGGAGCCCAGCUGUCGUGUUCUUCCCUGACUACCCAUGGCACUUUCUUCACCUAAACCCGCGGCUCCGUUCAUAUCCACCACCCUUUCAUCUUCGUCCCUCGACGAACGGAAUUGGAAUGCAUCGGCAGCCAUUACCGAUUUUUUCCGUUCCCCAAGCCACAGCAGUAAUACUUCUUCUCGGGAUUUACCGAGAAAUCCGGCGCCGCGACCGCCGCUAGCUAAGGCCGUUACUCCGGGAUCUCGUCCGACGCAGUCUUUCAACGGCCGCUCUCGCGGCCUAUUCCAGGUCCGCACGCUCGAUUCGGAGCGGGGCCCGCGGGAAUGGGAGGGAGAUGCGGAAGAGCGCAGCGGGGGCGGCGCGGAAGAGCGGGGCGGGAAUGGGGCGGAGAGGAGUGGGGCGGAGCGGAGUGGGGCGGAGCGGAGUCGACGGGAGAUAGGGCGGAGCGAGAGUGCCGUGGACCGCUCCAGCGCGAGCGAGUUUUCGUUCUCAACUUUCUCAACCAGCAGUUCGUUUCGCGAAGGGGUUUCGUUAAGUACCGACGGGGUAACUGUUACAUCGCCGACGCCGCAGCCGGAGUCCCGUCGCAGCCGAACGCUGCCGUGCGAGGGUCGGGCCCGGGCCCUGCACAGCGCGCCGAUGGCUCCUCGCGACGACAUUUUCGCACACAGUAACGACGACAGCAACGGAGACGACGCGGCUAGCGAAGGUGCCGGCGCUGGCGACGAGGACGAAGAUUGGCCGGCGACGGCGACGGCGACUGGUGCGCGCGGCGAGUGCGGGUCGUCUUCAAGGAGAGAGCAUCGCCGCACCGCAUCCCCGCAACGCUCUUGGUCGAGCGUUCUGCGCUCCGCGUCACCGUCAAUAGUUGCGCAUCACGUUUUGCGGCGGUCGAACUCCUCUUCCGAGUCUCGAUCCGCGGCGACACCCAGGGCGCCAUCUGCGGCGAGAUCCACGGCUCGGACCGGGCGGGAGGAAAGCCGCAGAAGCAGCAGCGCCGUUGGAUCGACGAGCCGCUCAUCUCGGGCGAGAAGCGCGUCGCCGUGCCGCCGUCGAGUGCCGUUUGCCGGCCCGGUCGGAAUCGUUCUCUCGAUGAUUAAAGCCUCGGCCUCCUCCGCGGCUCCUCCGCCGCGACACGCGGAGGACGACGACGGCGAGCCGCUCUCCCCCACCGGCCAGGUCGCGUGCUCGCUCUCCGUAUUCGCGUCGCGCUUGCCUCCGCUCAAAACAACCUUCGCGCACCGCCAUACUACCAGCCAGGAGAACCUCGCGUCGCUCAGUAGCGCGUACAGCGCGUCAUUCUCGCGCACGCCUACGUCUAGCACCACCCCUUCCUGCAUCCCGCCGCUUUUCUCCCCCCUCUCCGCUUCUCUCGCCGCCUCUUCCCGUCGCGUUUCGCUUUUCCCUUCCCCCUCCCCUUCCCCCUCCCCCUCCGCGUCCCCCUCCGCCUCCCCGUCGGCUUCCCCUUUGCCCCUCUCCUCCCCGCUCUCCAAGACCACGCCGAACCUGCGCGCUUUUCCCGGUGCUAGCAACGUCAGCCGCAGCGCGACUAAUACCACCACCACCAGCAGUAGCGGCGGCGGCAGCCGCAAUGUUAGCGCGGAGAUUAACGUCACCAGCGGGAGCAGCAGCAGCAGCGGCGGCGGCUCUAGCGGCGUGAUCCGCGUCGGGAAUCGCGGCGCCGAGUCGCGCAAGGACGCAGCCGCGGGUCCAGCGGCGGGGAACCAGAAAGGGCUGCAGAUCCGUUCGCAGUCUUUCAACGGUAAUGUUGAUGCGCCCGUAUCGCCUCUCGCCGCGUCGCCGCUACCCGUGUCGCCGCUCUCCGCGCGGUUCGAGCCGUCGCAUCGCAACGAGUUCUCGCGCCGCGACGACUCCCUGGGAAGCGUAACUGGCAUCCGCGCUCACGCGUACAACUCUACAUCUGCGGAACUCGACGCGCUUCGGCAACGCUCCCACACCUUCACGUCAGCUCACCCCCCGCUCUCCUCCUCCGGACCGCGCUCCGCGUCGCUCGAGCGCAGCCCCGAGAGUUACGGCGUGAAAACCGCCGUAAGCAACGCCGACAUGUACGCUUUCUGCCCGCUCGCCGUCGCCAGCAGCACCCCCGGCCGCCGUCCCCCCCGCCGGGGGACUGGCGGGGGAAGCGGAAGCUUCUCUGGCCGCUACGCGCGCUCCCCCUCCCCGCAGCGCGCCGCUGCCCCGGCUCCCUUGGUCGAGCCGCUUCGGCUCGGCCCGCUAGUCUCGGCGAUCGGAGAAGGAGACGUCGCCGCGAUUCGAGACGCGGUGAAGGCAGUUCGGGCGGCGAUUAAGGCGACCCCGGAAAAUAAGAAGCGAUUCAUUCAAGCUGGCGCGGUCCAGUUCUUAGUUAAUCUCGUCGCCGAGUCGCCUGACGCCGAAACAGUCGAGCACGCGGUGACGGUGCUUUAUAACGUGUGUCGGGAGGAGGGCGGACGCGACGCGAUAGUUAGCGGCGCGGAGGGCGGGCUGGAGGCGCUGGUUAAGGCGCUUCGGGCGGAGAAAGCGGCUGCGCGGGAAAAUGCGGCGGCUGCGCUGUUCUGCCUUGCGUGGGGCAUCCAGGCCGCGAGUGGCGGCGCAAUUGGCGGCGGGAAAGGCGGACGGGGGUCAAGAGGGCCAUCUCCGUCGCGGCCGACGAGGGGCCGAUCCACGUCAACCGGCGCUCCGUCCCCGUCAUCCGGCGUUUUGUCUACGUCACCACCUCUGUCAGCCAGGUCAUCAACCUACACGUCAUCCCUCCCCCCCUCGCCAGCUUUGAAGUCCCCCACGGCUUCUACCGCGCUGCUGCGCUCCCCCCAGGAUUCAAGGGAAUUCUCAGGUGUUUUUUCAGGUGUCGACAGCAGUCCCAGCCAGUCUGAGAGCCCAGCGGCAGCAGCAGCAAGGGGUACCGACGGUGUAGCCGCAGUAGGGGAAACAGCUGCAGGGCCGACAGGUGCUACAGAUGCUGCAGGCGCUACAGGCGCUACAGCAGGAGAGGCGGCAGCGGCUACAGCAGGAGAGGCGGCGCAGAGUAAUGCGCCUGCCAGGUCGGAGUCCCCGUCGCAAUCCGCCACCCCUUCCGCCGAUGCCGCGGCGCAAAAGGCCCGGGAGCAGACAGCUGAAAUCAAGCUACGAAUCGCCAAGGCCGGGGCUAUCCCUGCCCUUGUUGAAAUUUUCCUCUUGGGCAGCACCCGCGGGAAAAUUGACGCGGUGCUGGCGGUUCUCGCUUUGCUAAGUGGCGGCGACCACCACCGGGAUUUCUUGCAGGAGUUUUUAAACACUGGCGGGCUAAACAUUCUGCUCAAUAUGGUCCAGGAAGCAAAUGAGGAUCUUGAGAAUCGAGCCAUGGCGUUGGUUUCGUUCAUCGCGUGCUCGUCCGCAGGGCGGCGCGCGAUCAAAGAAGCGAAAUCCGCGAACGGAAACGGAGGGUUGGAGGUAAUUGCCGACGUGUUGGAUUUGACUUCGUCGCAGAAAGCAAGGCAGGAAGCGGUGAGCGCGCUGCUGCUAUUGGCUAGGCAUGACGAGGAGGCGAGGAAGGUGAUUGGCCGCGAAGGGGUUGUACCGGCGCUGCACCGGGUUUCCCGCGAGGCGACAGGUUCGGCAGGGGAUAAGGCGAAAGAAUUGCUGGUGCUGCUGCGAGAGCAGUCGGCCACCGGGCAGCUGCAGGCAGCAGCUUGACGGCUAGGCGGCUAGGGUUUCGAAAAGGUUGUGCUAGUGCUGCAUCGGGUUGGGGGGGUGACAAGGCGAAGGAAUUGCUGGUGUUGCUGCGAGAACAGCCCGCUACGGGGCAGCUGCAGACGGCAGCUUGACGGCUGAGUCGGACUCGUAGGCCUGGUGGUUCAGGGGGGACGAGGCGAAGGAAUUGCUGGUGCUGCUGCAGGAACAGUCGGCCACAGGGCAGCUGCAGGCAGCAGCUUGACAGCAGGUGGCCGGGUGGCUCACGCCUCCCUUCUCUCGCACCUCCCCUCCCCAGCACCUCGCCCCCCCACACCCCCUCCCUCACCCCCCCUCCCACACCCCCUCCCUCACACCUCGCCCCCCCACACCCCCUUUCUCACCCUCCCUUGCACCUCCCUCCCUCACACCUCCCCUCCCUCACCUUCCCUCCCUCACACCUCCCCCUCCUCCACACCUCCCCUCCCUCACCUUCCCUCCCUCUCCCUCACAUCUCUCCUCCCUGUGCCCCUUUCCUUACCCCCCCACCCCCGUUUCCGGCUGUCCCUUGGGAUACAAACAGCGUUCCGUUAGAAGUUUUGAUUUGACCCCUCCACGUUUCCCUCCGACAUAGAGUGUAUAGUUUAUGCACUCCAGUUGUGCCUGGGUUUUGUUUUCUUGUUAGUGUGUUGGAUUGAUAUUUAUUUUUAUUAGAAAUUACCGGUACCA